AUGGAGAAUUCGUUUUCGUUUCCAUUGGAUUCGUUUUCCAAUCUCCAGUUGUUCGAUAUAUCCAGUGGCUGCUCAGAAAUUGAAGUUUUCCAGUUCUGGGUUUUCUGGUUGAGUGGUUCUGGAAUUAGCCAAUCUGCAUUACAGCUUCCUUCUCCUGUACAGCUUCAACAGAAAAAUGAAGUGCAUGUUGAUGACCGCAGCAAAGUGCCAAGUUUGCCAUCGAACGAGGCAAAGCCUCUUCUGCCAUCGUCAUCUUCCAAUUCGGCUGAUAUUUCUGUCGCUCUUAAGAAUCCUGGCAUUUUGACUACUUCAUCAACCUCAGCUUGGUUUGGUCGUUCAACUCGUGGAGCCACCUCGACGAGGUUUGGCUCUGCUUUGAACAUAGAAACCUUGGUUGCAGCAGCAGAGAGAAGGGAAAACGCAAUAGAGAUGUUCAGGACAGUUUCUUUCAUAAUUAAUAAUAUCUCUACAGCGAACAUUGAAUCUAAAGGGAAAGAGUUUGCUGAAAUUUUGCCUCAACAGUAUUAUCCUUGGUUCGCACAGUAUAUGGUUAUGAAAAGAGCGAGCAUCGAGCCAAAUUUUCAUGAUUUGUACUUGAAGUUCUUGGACAAAGUUGAUUCCAAACUGUUGUUUAAAGAGAUACUCCAAAAUACAUACGAAAAUUGCAAGGUUCUUUUGGGUUCAGAGCUCAUAAAGUCAAGUUCGGAAGAGCGAUCUCUGCUUAAAAAUUUGGGCAGCUGGCUUGGAAAGCUGACCAUUGGAAGGAAUUACGUUUUAAGGGCGCGAGAAAUAGACCCAAAAUCCUUGAUUGUAAAGGCAUAUGAAAAAGGGUUGAUGAUAGCUGUCAUUCCAUUCACUUCAAAGGUUCUGGAGCCAUGCCAAAACAGUAUUGCGUAUCAACCUCCCAAUCCUUGGACGAUGGCUAUACUCGGGUUGCUUGCUGAGAUCUAUUCAAUGCCAAACCUAAAAAUGAAUCUGAAGUUUGACAUAGAGUGCUUUUAUGAUAGGAGAUGGCAAGCUCUUGACAAGGCCUAA